GUGAACAAUGAGAGUACAGAUAAUAUUGGGAAGAAAAUGAUGAUCAGCAAAAUGGCCCCGGCUGGAUUCCCUGUCAGCAUUGAGGAAUCUGACACAACUUUACAGGUUGUUAAAGUAGGCUCGAAAGACCAGACCUUUAUUAGUCUGAAUCUUGUGAGGGAGUUUUUCACUGAGGAAACCAAUGGAAGAGUACAGAGGACCGCCUUACUCGGGUGUAAAAACAGUGCAUGUCCGGAAAAUAUUCUUGACUAUGCAGACACUCAAGAGAAGAUUGAUGCUCUGGCCAACUGGCAAAAGGCUGCACAAAAUGGCCUGUAUAGGAUCACCUCAGUUGACUGGUUAACAAAGAACAAGAGAAGGCGUCGAAGCUCUUAUACAGAAGUCCCGUACACUGUGGGCAUAGAAAAUUGUGAUGGCGUCACGGAAGGCACAUACUGUAACGGACCACUUGAGCCAAAAACGGAAUACAUAUUUGUUGCCGUUGUUUGUACCAGUACGGGAUGUACACUGAGCAAAAAGUAUGGACCUUUCAUUACAAAGGAGGCAGCUCCUCAGCCUGUAGUCAUGAUAGUGGGUAUAGUUGUUGGGGUAAUUACAAUCCUUGCCAUUGCCGUUGUGGUGGUCUUUAUUCUAAGAAGACGUAGAAACAAGACUCCAUACAUAAACGAAGAACACAGUGUCGGAAUCGAGAAUAACACCGACAAGGUUUCAACAACAGAUGACAUUCAUUUAAUCGUCUACGAAAAUGUUAUAUCAGGGCUGUUGGUCUGAUAUAGAUUAUAAGCUUUGCUUUGCCCCAACGAUCGAUAACGUCAACCAAUUUUGGACAAUGAUUUUUGAGGAGGAAGUUAACACCAUUGUUAUGUUUGCUGAAAGUAAAGCU